UAUAGCUUUAAUUUUCUGUCGUACUAGCUCCUUAAAAUAUUUUUGUAGUUACUAUAUUUUGUUGAUAUAUUCUAUUCACAUUACAAUAUUAUAGUUGCAACUAGGUUGAUGGUCGACCACCCAAAAUGACCAAUGGUGGAGGCUCUCCCUAGUUUUCUUAGAGAGAGAGAGAUAGAAGAUUUUUACUUGAGAGGAUCAGUUUAUUUGUUCCUCUUCUAUCUCCUGCUUAGUGAAAAUAUUUCUUCUUCUUCUUCUUCCUUACACCAAAUGUAGAGAAAACAGACCUUUCUCUCUCUCUCUCUCUCUUCCCCCUUCCUCCACCAAUCCUUUUUCCCCUUAAAGCUCGUGGUUCAAGUUGUAAGGGAGAGGGGGAGAGCUGCUAAAAGUGUUACAUAUUGAAGAAUGAUGAUACUCCAUCUUUCUCUGUCCCUCUCACCCCUUUCUGAGCAACAUUCAUGCAUUAUUUGGACAUGAAAAGCGUAGAUAGAGAGUUCUUUUCUGUUAUCUUUCUUCACUUUGGAAGAUCUUAACACAGUUCCAAGUCUGUUUUGAAAGAACAAAUGGGCUCCAUGAAUUCAAAUAGCUGGCUGGCUUUCAAUAUCUCUCCUACUCCCUCAACCAUGCCUACUAAUAAUCUCCAUGCAUCUCCAUCUCAAUUCUCUCUGGGAUUGGUAAACGAUACAGUGGGUCAUUCCUUCCAAAUCCAAGAGUGGAAUCUGAUGAGUUCUCACGGCGGCGAGGAAGUCCCAAAGGUGGCAGAUUUUCUUGGUGUCAGCAAACCUGAGAACGAGCUCAACCUUGCUUCGUUUAACCAAAUUACGGCAACCCACCCUAAUUACCUCUUAUCCAACGACAACCUACAGUCGAUGCAGAGCUUGGAGGCUCCAUCGGCUAAUAGUAACGAUCCUCGUGGAAUUGGUAACAAUUUACAGUCAUUGACGUUGUCCAUGGGAACUGCUAAGGGUACUGAGAGUACUAGUAGCAGUAGUGCUGUUGAUGUGACACCCAGAAGAUCUAUGGAUACAUUUGGGCAGAGAACAUCGAUAUACCGAGGUGUAACAAGGCAUAGAUGGACAGGAAGGUAUGAAGCUCAUCUGUGGGAUAACAGUUGUAGAAGGGAGGGACAAUCAAGGAAAGGUCGCCAAGUCUACUUGGGUGGAUAUGACAAGGAAGAGAAGGCAGCUAGGGCUUAUGAUUUGGCUGCACUCAAGUACUGGGGAACAUCCACUACAACAAACUUUCCUAUUAGUAACUAUGAAAAGGAAUUGGAGGAGAUGAAGAAUAUGACAAGGCAAGAGUUUGUGGCAUCUCUUAGAAGGAAAAGCAGCGGCUUUUCAAGGGGUGCAUCCAUGUAUCGUGGGGUCACAAGGCAUCAUCAACAUGGAAGAUGGCAAGCUCGCAUUGGAAGGGUUGCUGGAAACAAAGACCUCUAUUUAGGAACUUUCAGUACCGAAGAGGAAGCAGCAGAGGCUUAUGAUAUCGCUGCUAUCAAGUUCAGAGGGCUGAAUGCUGUGACCAACUUCGACAUGAACCGUUAUGAUGUCAAGAGCAUUCUCGAAAGCAGCACACUACCUAUUGGAAAUGGAGCAGCCAAGCGGUUGAAGGAGACUAAAGCGAUUGAGUCAUCGAGGAACAGAGAGGAAAUCAGAACUCGCAGUUCCAGUUUCUACGGCACAAGCUCCAGUAAUUUUCAGGGAUACCCAUUACUGCAACCAAUUGAGCAAGCUCAGCCUCAGACUUUACUGGCUUUACAAAACCAGCUGAGUAGUCCUCAAUAUGGCGGCCAUGACUCUCAGUUUCAUCAAAAUUACCUCCAGUUGCACCAACAACCCACUUCGCUGUUUAAUGCUGCUGGUCAAGAGUCUCAGUUUAACCAGAGCUACCUUUCCAGCCAUCCUGCUUUUCUUCAUGGUAUGAUGAACAUGGGACAACCGACGGCCUUGCCUGUAAUGGAGAACAACGGAGGAAGCCUUGCUACCAACUACAAUGGAAAUGUGGGCACCGGAGUUAGCUACAAUGGAGGUGGGUAUUUGUGCAACGGGAUAAUGAUGGCACCCAACUCAGCUACUGUGCAUGGAGGAGGAAUAGGUCCGGAAACCGGCGCCGGGCUGGUUAAGGUUGAUUACGAUGAGAUGAGUUCUGCGGGUUACGGUGGGUGGACGGCAGAUUCGGUUCAAAAUCCAAAUGCUGGUGUUUUUUCAAUGUGGGACGACAAUUGAGAGUUUAUGUUGAUGUUUUUGGCUUUUAUCAUUAAAUUGAAAAUUUUCUUCUGAUGCAAUGUUUAAUUUGAUCAAAUAUUUGGUAUAUGGCCAACAAAAGAGAUGAGAUAUGGUUCA